AAGCCGACGCCAACCCGGCAUUUUGAACAUUAUGUACAGUUGGAUGCCAAUGGUGAUUACUGGCUAUUUUGGACAGCAAACGACACUCACGUGACCUUUGAGACCCAUGUAAACACCCACGGGUAUGUUGGAUUCGGACUCUCCCUGAACGGCAAGAUGUUCCCGGCUGACGUCAUCGUAGGCGGGGUCAAGGACGGUCAAACUUACUUUAAGGAUUAUCACACUACUGCGCAUGCACCUCCUACAGUCGACCAAUCACAGGACUGGUUUCUAAUCGCUGGCAAGGAAACUGCUUCCGGUACCAUUCUUACUUUUGUGCGAAAACUCAACACAUGUGACACUGCUGAUGAUAUUGUUAUUACGGCGGACACAACGCGAGUUAUCUUCUCCUACCAUCCUGAUGACGUGACGAGUGGUAUACCGUACCAUGGUGCCACAAGGAGGGGAGCAAAGAGCGUCAUGUUGUUGUCGUCCUCACUGACAGCUGAUGAUGUCCAACUACCCAGCGACAUAGUCACGUUUGAUUUCCUUGCUGACAAUUAUCACGUUCCAUCUGACACCACCACGUACGCAUGCAAAACCUUCCAGUUACCUGCCCUUGGCUCAAAACAUCACAUGAUCAAGUACGAGCCAAUCAUAACACCUGGGAAUGAACUAAACGUACAUCAUAUGGUCAUCUUUAGAUGUCCUAAGCACGUUUUAAAUCAUUACGAAUUCCGGUGCGACAAUUAUACCAAUACGCCAAAAGAAGUGGCCGAUUGCAUGAUAAUGUCUUUCAUAGCCUGGGCCGUCGGAGGAAAGACAUUUUAUUAUCCGCCAGACGUCGGGUUCUCACUCGGAACAGAUGCCGACCCCGAUUUCUUUAUCAUGGAAACACACUACGAUAAUCCCUUGGCAAGAUCAGACAUUGUGGACAGUUCUGGAAUCCGGAUCACUAUGACACCGACACUCCGAACACAUGACGCCGGACUUUUUCUUUUUGGUAUGUCUGUGAGUUCAAUGCAUGUCAUUCCUCCAAUGGAAACCGACUUCCUAUCCAAAGUGAUCUGUUCUUCGAAACUCCUCGAGAAGGCAAUACCAGCAGAGGGCAUAAAGGCGUUUGCGAUUCUCCAGCACUCCCAUCUACUCGGCAAAGAAAUGGCGACACGUCUCUAUCGAAAUGGAAGCGAACUCAAACCUCUGGCGGUGGAUAAACAUUAUGAUUUUAAUUAUCAAGACAUGCGCUACCUUUCAGAAGAGAGAACGAUAUAUCCGACUGACACCCUAGAGCUAAACUGUGUUUACGAUUCGAGCCACAAAAGAAAUAUUACAUUGGGAGGACUUUCUACACAUGAUGAGAUGUGCGAGGCGUUCAUUCUUUACUAUCCACGCAUGCCCAUUGAUUAUUGCUCGAGUUUUCCCUUAUACAACACAAUCACAAAUGACGUUGCACACAUAUACUCUCAAGUGAAGUCCUGGGACUGGGCAGACCCUGCAGUAAGAGCCAAGUUCCGGUCAGCUGUUGAAAAUUCAUUGUAUUAUCAGCAUACCUUUGGAGACACAUAUGCUUUCAUGGCAAAUACGACUAGCAAGGACAACUCUGCAGCUCAUCCUUACAUAGAACCGCCGGAUACCCAAUGCCAGCAUAUUUCUGGUUCUACGCAGGACCGGAAGUAA